GCGAUUGGUUGAAACUCGUGCACAAUCUCGCUGCCGUAGAGCUAAGGUUGUGUUCACCAUGUUGGAUCAACUGUACAUUUUACUUACGACAAAUACUUUUAUAAUGUCAGUGGCAACGGAGCGGCGUUGGCCCAAAGUGUAGAGCCUAAAGCAAGUGGCUCCCUCUUUUCCAGCGAACAGAAGGGCUCACCGACACGGACGGAAGGACUAACCUUAACGUUAGGCUACUUGUGUAAUUUGGGGGCACGAACUCCUAGCCUUAAAAUGUCAGGUUAAACAUUAAUAAUGUCUUCUUUGUAGCCCAAUGGCAGCUGGAUAUUCUCUCCUUUAUUUUUUUUAAAAAAACAACUUGGUUUUGUUAUUGUCUUACUGGAUGUGUGCUGAUUCACCCGCGAGACGACAGUGUGAAACAAGGCAGUCGAUGGGGGAAAUAAAUUUCCUGACAGCGAGGAUUUCUCUCGUUUUUUUGAGUCAUGUUCGAAGCUCUGUCAGUAUGAUGGGGAUUUCUUUCCAUGGACGCGGCUCGUUGGAUUGUAUUAACAUGUGAGUAGAGUGGAGAGUCUGGGCCUUCCUGCGUGCGCUGUUCUAUUGUGGCCUGGGCUUGGAUACAGCUCCUGUGCACCGGAUCAGCAGAGUUAAUUACGGUUUGGAGAUUAUCCCUGUCUGGCCUGCGCACACAUCAGGAGGAGAUUUCAGUUUGGCGUAAUAGAUACAAUUUCCAAGCUGUGUGGAGUCCCUGUGGUAGCUCUGGACCAGAGCAUGUCCAGAUUUUAAAGAUGAAUGCGCUGCUUCCCAUGCUUUAGAUCACACUGUUCCAUCAAACGGGGAAGCUGAAUUUCAUCAGGACUCAGGAGGGAGGGGCACCACCUCUUAUCAUGAGGGAAAUCUAGGGCCAGUGACUUUUCCUUGUUAUUGAGGGGGUGCUGUUUAUUUUCUUUUCAAUUUUUUGGGGAAUUAUCAUGAGUGGCACUGUUAGGGCUGCACAGAUGUUAAGACUUGCAUGGCCAAUGCUGUACAUGCUCUAUAUGUUUUCCUUUAUAAGCCCCAGCUUACAUUAGCCUAAUGGUGUGCAAGCAAGAACAUUAGUUUAUAAGAAGUGGGUCAGAUCCUUGUUGCUAUUAUGAUAUGGGAAGCAGAUUCUGAAAGGAGGCAUUUCAGCAUCAUUGAAUGGCUAUUUGCGGCACAACAGCUACAAAUGUUACAAAAAUGAUGGCUGCUUACAACGGUGGCUCCUCAACAGUGGCUGCCCAUCAUCCGCAUCACCACCACCAGCUCCAGCACCUUCCGCCUCCCCACAUUCACCACCACGCGGGCCAGCAUCACUUGCAGCACCCAGGCUCCGCAGCCGCCGUGCACACGGUCCAGCAGCACACCUCCACAGCUGCCGCAGCGGCGGUGAUGCUCAACCCCGGCCCACAGCAGCCAUACUUCCCCUCUCCUGCCCCCGGACAAGCCCCCGGGCCGGCGGCUGCCGCGGCUCCUGCCCAGGUUCAAGCCAAAGCUCACCAUCAGCAACAACACACGCACAACCUACAGCAGCAACUGGAUAUAGAGCCUGACAGGCCCAUCGGCUAUGGGGCGUUUGGGGUUGUCUGGUCAGUGACAGACCCCAGAGAUGGAAAGCGAGUUGCCCUAAAAAAAAUGCCCAAUGUCUUCCAAAACCUUGUUUCUUGCAAGAGGGUAUUUCGUGAGCUCAAGAUGCUAUGCUUCUUCAAACAUGAAAAUGUCCUCUCUGCCCUGGACAUACUACAACCUCCACACAUUGAAUUCUUUGAAGAAAUCUAUGUCGUGACUGAACUGAUGCAAAGUGACCUCCAUAAGAUCAUUGUAUCACCACAGCCUCUGAGCUCAGACCACGCCAAAGUUUUUCUUUAUCAGAUUCUACGAGGACUUAAAUACCUUCAUUCUGCUGGCAUUCUGCACCGAGACAUCAAGCCUGGCAACCUCCUGGUCAACAGCAACUGUGUGCUCAAGAUCUGUGAUUUUGGCCUGGCUCGAGUGGAGGAGUUAGACGAGUCACGACACAUGACUCAGGAAGUGGUUACACAGUAUUACCGAGCUCCUGAGAUCCUCAUGGGGAGUCGCCAUUACUCCAACUCCAUCGAUAUCUGGUCUGUGGGCUGCAUCUUUGCUGAACUGCUGGGGCGGCGCAUCCUGUUCCAAGCUCAGAGUCCCAUUCAGCAGCUGGAUUUAAUCACUGACCUGUUGGGGAUUCCCUCUAUGGAAGCGAUGAGGACGGCGUGUGAAGGCGCUCGUACACACAUUCUCAGAGGACCUCAAAAGCAGCCAUCUCUUCCUGUUCUCUACACACUAUCUAGCCAAGCAACCCAUGAAGCUGUCCACCUCCUCUGUAGGAUGCUGGUAUUUGAUCCGUCAAAGAGGAUUUCAGCAAAGGAUGCCCUGGCUCACCCUUACCUGGACGAGGGUCGACUGCGCUACCAUACAUGCAUGUGCAAAUGCUGCUACACCACAUCCUCUGGCCGUGUUUACACCAGUGACUUUGAGCCUGUCACUAAUCCCAAGUUUGAUGAUGGCUUUGAGAAGAAUCUGAGCUCUGUGAGACAGGUUAAAGAGAUUAUCCAUCAGUUCAUUUUGGAACAGCAAAAGGGGAGUCGAGUGCCACUCUGCAUUAACCCUCAAUCAGCUGCUUUUAAAAGCUUUAUCAGUUCCACAGUGGCUCAGCCCUCUGAAAUGCCUCCAUCUCCACUGGUGUGGGAAUAGCUGCUUCCGUGUCAUAAUUUUUCCCAACUGACAAGCUGCUAAACUGGGAACAAGAACACAUCUCAACGUCUUCUAUCGUAGCAUUUCGCUGGAGAGCAGGACUCACAGGUUUGCUGUGUGUAUGCUGAAAUAUGAAACAAAUGAAGAGAAAUCCACUGAUAAUUGCUUUAUUGGGGUGUUUUGCAAAUUAAUGGGACAAAUGCUCUGGAUACCAAAUCAGAAUGUUUUAAACAAACUCAUCUGGUUACUUCCAGGCAGAUACAAUUUAAUAGUUUGUACAUUUGUUUUGCUAAAUAGAUUAAUAUAAAUUUUAAAAAGAUGUCUAUUUUAACAUAUCUGUAAUCACAAAUGGAUUAAUUUCCCAUGCAAUCAAGCUAUUCUGCAUUAUUAUGCCCUGCUUCACCUCUGCACUGAUAAAUUAAAUCAGACAAUCGAUUGGAAUUGAUCUGAAAGCUGAACGUUCCCCAUAUUUUUUGUGAUGGACAAAAUAAGCCUCACAAAGCUUCUUGAACCAUUUUAUAUAUUAUCUGAGGCCGCUAGAUGACACUAUUGGUUUAAAGAUAAAGGCUCAAGGUCUUUAUGCAAGUUAGUGUUAUUUCAAUUUUGCAAAUUUCAAUUUGCCAAAGAUCAGGAGCCUCAUGUAUAAAUUAUACAAACAUUUCAAUGUUGUGGGCAGAUUUGCAAGGUGUGAGAUUCAUAAAAUGCUAUCCGUAAGCACAUAUUUUAAAUUAUACAUAUUCAUGUGUCUGGAUGGACAGACACAUUUCAGAGAUUCAGUGUGUUUGACACAUACUAGUUUGUAUGUCUUUUGAUAAGGCAAAGGUGUUGCUACUUGCCUUACUUGAAGCGGCAGCCUGCCAUCUUAGCCUCCACCUGGCUGAAUCACACUGCCCCAAACUGUUCUCUAUCCAGACACUUGUGUGUCUUUUUGUCAUGACAUUAAGUCACAAGAAUUGUCAGCUACAGUUCGCCUCCACUUCUGAUUUAGGAAAGGUUCAGAGACUAUAAGAUGGUCCAACACUUUGUUCGAAUCACUUAGUUUAGUGUUAGUUGUUGAGUGUUAGCAAACACUCAUCACAUUAGCCAUUAGAACUUUAGAAGGGGUAAAGAAGUCAAGGCUGUGUGUCACACUGUGGCACAUACCCACUUGAAGGUCAUUCUUUCUUCUUUAUUUUCAUAGUUUGUCAUCUAUUCAUAGUAGUAUGCUUCCAUGUCACAGUCUGCAAAGCUUUUGUCAUUUACUUAUAAGGCCAUAACAUGGCACUUUUGUCUAUUUAUAUUAAAUAUAUUGGAGGGAAAUUAAUAGAAUUUAACUAAUUUGCAACCUUGGACGUAGCAACUAUUCACGGUUGUUACCAAAGAAGGUGACAAAUCAACAAGUGUUUUUUUAAUCUUAAAAUAAGGACAUGCGUACAGGAAUGUAAUUAUAGUUCAGACAUAUGUGAAGUUUUACAUAUAUGUAUAAUACACACGUAUUAGAACAAGUAAAUGUAUGCAUGUAUAUGCUAUUUUGAUGAUUGUAUGCAGACAUUUAUAUAUUAGGCCCCUCAAUAUUUAUUUAUAAAUAUUGUUUGUAAUAUUAAGUUGAACCUGUCCCAAUAUUUAAAUCUGUCAGUCAGUCAUUGUGCAAAGGGUCAGGUAUACCCCUAAUAGGUUAGGUUUUUAGAUAAAUUGUUUUGUUGUUGAGAUAAUUCGGUCUUGAAGUUGAGGGUUUAAAUGUACACUUGCAAGUUACAAGAAGAACAUUUGAUUAUUUCUGUGAAUAGGAAAUAAGUUUAAAAGGAAUCAGAUUAAAAACUAUUCUUAUACGCCCUGCCAACAAGAUGACACAAACAAUCUGACUUCGGAAAGCUGUACUGUACUGACAAAGGGAAAAGGAGCAUAACAGGAAAUUACUACUCCACUACUACUUCUGCCCCCUAAUUUGACCUACCAUAUUACUUGUACUGCUAAUAUUCAGUUCAAUACUAGUGUAUGG